AUGACACAAACUCGGGGACAUGGCGGUCACGGCCACCAUCACCACCACCACCAUCAUGACAACACCUACUUGACCUCGACGAACAAACGCGAUGCUGGCGUUCGAAUUACCCGAAUUGGCCUGGUCGCCAACUUGUGCAUGGCCAUUGGAAAGUUCAUUGGCGGCUACGUCUUCCACUCUCAAUCCCUGAUUGCCGAUGCAUACCACGCGCUCACCGAUCUCGUGUCCGACUUUUUGACUCUAGGAACUGUCGCGUGGUCCCUGAAGCCCCCAAGUGAACGAUUCCCCAAUGGCUACGGAAAGGUCGAGAGCAUUGGUGCUCUGGGAGUGAGCGGGCUUCUGCUCUGCGGUGGAGUGUUUAUGGGUCUCAAUGCGGGACAGAUCCUGCUGGCGCAAUUCUACCCAGACGUGGCUGAAACAGUAGCUCACUCUGGGAUUCUGGGACAUGGUCACUCGCAUAGUCACGGGCCCAUUGGUCCCAGCAUCCAAGCCGCGUGGAUCGCUGCUGGGUCGAUUGUUGUUAAGGAGUGGCUUUACCGUGCUACUAUGAAGGUUGCCGAAGAGCGCAAGUCCUCGGUCCUUGCAUCCAACGCCAUUCACCACCGGAUCGAUUCCCUCACGAGUAUUGUCGCCCUGUUUACAAUUGGAGGAAGCUAUGUCUUCCAAGACGCCACCUGGCUGGAUCCGGUUGGUGGACUUCUGAUCUCUUUGAUGGUUAUCAAAGCUGGUUGGGGUAACACAUGUACCUCUCUUUUGGAGUUGGCGGAUACCGCUGUCGAUGAGGAUGUGCGAAUCUCGGUGGAGGACGCUACCAUAAAAGCAUUGUCCGAGCUCGAGGGCGGAAGUGAUAUCAAGGUCCGCGACGUGCAAGGCAUGAAGUCUGGCCAAAACUACCUGAUGGAUAUUGAGCUAGCUGUUCCCGGCGCCUGGCCUAUCAGCCGGUCUCAAACGAUCGAACAGAAUGUCCGUCACACUGUUGGAACUGGAGUUCGCGGUGUGAAGCGGAUCAAGGUCCGCUUCAUUCCUGUGGAACAGCAGGAGCUCACUUUCUCUGAUGAGUUUGUUGCACAAGAUUCUAGUGCCGACCCGGAGCCUCAGAGUCACUCUAAGCACCAAUAG